CAUAAUCAAAUCACUAGGCAUUACUAAUAUUCAACUCUUCCUUUCCUUCACAUAUGUGCCACAAUGGUCGGAGCACCAAUUUCUUACUCCGGCAACCCACCUCAGCCUCCGCCCGCCGCCGCUACUAAUCCGGCCACGUAUCCCGACGCGACGGCGAGAUACGCUGCGCCACCACCUCAAAUAUACGCCACACCGAGCGCGCCCAUCUCGAUGCUCCUCCCGUACGGCGGCCAAACGCCGCCUUACGGGGCCCCACCGCCGACAUCCGCGCCUAUCAAUACGAGCAACCUCUAUCCACCGAAUCCACCGCCGACUUCGACUUAUCCCUCCGCCGUCCCCUACCCGCCGUCGUCGGCCACAGCCCCGCCGCAUUUUUUUCCUCUAUACUCGACUGCUCCGAACAGCAACACAUAUCCACCCAAUCCGGCGCCGACGCCUUUUCCGCCGCCGGCUUAUACUUAUCCAUCCGCUGCCCCCUUUCCGCCGUCAUCCGCCGCCUCGCCGCCGCUUCCUUUUCCUCCAUGCUCGGCUGCUCCGAAUCAUAAUAGAUAUCCUUCAUCGAGUCAGCCGCCCUUUAGCGGUGGUUACCAGCUACCGACCGCCGGCGCUUACACUCCGGCGGUGUAUAUUUCUCCACAGCCGCCCGCCGGUUACGGUGCGCCGCCGCCAAAUGGUGGUGUCUAUCCUCCCCAAUAUUGAAGCUCAACCACAAAAAUUUGAAUUAUCAAAUAUGUGAUGGCAUAUCAAAUUAUUUUCCGUAAAUUUAUUUGGGCAUACUUGUUUGUGGAAUGAUUUUGGAGUUAUUGAUUGAUUCAUAAUUAAUUAUUGGGCUCGAUA